AUGGAAUUCAGACCGCUUUCCUCUCCAACUGGUUUGGAGUUCGAAGAACAAGACAUUGAUUUUAGACAUAUCCCGGGUAUUGAGACCAAGAUGAAGUGCUCACAUGCGUUCGAAAUUGUUGCAAUGGACCGUCACCUUUCUGGUUGUAUGGCUCUCGGUCCUUCUAUCUUCAAGAAAACUGUUGUCUUGGAUAAUAAUCUGCAUACUGACCCAUCUGAUAAUGACAGGUUGGAAUCUAACCAUGAAAUAAACUCCAACGAUCGGUAUGGUAAGAAGUUGAAUCUUAGUUCUUCUAUCAUUGAAGACAGUGAUGAAGAAGCUUUCGAUGAAGAAUAUGAUGAAUUCACCAAAUAUUUAUCGAGUCAUACGCCUCAUACCUUUGCCUAAGAAUAAAAUCUCCAGCACUAUUUGCAAUUUUUACAUUUUUGCAACAAGAAAACUAAAAAUAAGAAAAAAGAGAAAACAAAGACCCACAGAGCUAUCUGGGGACACAUACACAUACACAUACACAUACACAUACACACACAUCAAAUAAACUUAUUUGCUGAAAGCUUUGUAGCAUGCUAGUGGCGGUAGUACUCUGAAAAAGUGUACUUGAAAGGUAUUACUUCAAUAGCCCUGGUAUAAAUACAAACAUAUGUUCAAAUUAGGUACAUAAGGACUCCCAUCUGUAUGGAUAUCAACCAGUAAUAUGACGUUUGAGGUAUUUAUACCUAUCGUAUGCAUAUAUUUGGGUUGCAUUCUUCCAGCUCCCACUCUUUUACAACAUUAUGGUACUGGCAACCUGCAUAUCUCUUCUUUAUUAUUCCAUUGUAAACAGUAUCUUUCCUAAAUAUCUUUCUUCAGCUACUCAGGUUCAAACCACAAACUUCGAAGAACAUCUCUUGCAUUCUUCCGCAUUGAAUGACCACAGAUCUUU